UUGCGGUAUCAGAUAACUCUUCGUUGCUUACGCCAUCAAUAUUUUACUUGUAACCUCAACGCACCAGUCGCAAUUUUCAAAAAUUCUUCUCCCGUCCAACAAUACAAUAUUUCAGUGUUCCAAGAUAUACACGUAAUGAUCUUCAUCGGUUUUGGCUUCUUAAUGGUAUUCCUAAGACGUUAUGGAUUCUCUGCUGUCUCAAUUAACCUGCUUCUCGCAUGUGUCGUCAUUCAGUGGAGUAUACUCAUAAAUGGAUUCUGGUCUGAAGAGUUUGCUGCAACCGGACAAUUCACGAUUUCGAUUACUGAGAUAAUUGGUGGUGAUUUCGCGGCAGCAACGAUUUUGAUCACAAUGGGUGCCACCUUAGGUAAGCUUUCACCAUCGCAAUAUGUGGUGAUGGCACUGAUCGAGGUACCUGUCGCACUCACCAUCGAACAUAUCGUUAUUCAUAAAAUCGAGGUACUUCCUAAUAAUCAUUUUAUUCCAGCUGCAAUUGCACAUCACCAAUCUAUACGUCACUCAUGCGAUAUAUUUGUUGAUUACUUUGACAGUAGAACUUCAUGA